AUGGAGUCGUUGGCUCUCCCCCGGCGCGCCGGCCCGGCCCCGGCCGCCGCUGCCCCCGCCGCGGAGCUGCCCGCGCCCCUGGGCGACGGGCUCAUCAAGUCGCCCAAGCCCCUGAUGAAGAAGCAGGCGGUGAAGCGGCACCACCACAAGCACAACCUGCGGCAUCGCUACGAGUUCCUGGAGACCCUGGGCAAGGGCACUUACGGGAAAGUGAAGAAGGCGAGGGAGAAGUCCGGGCGCUUGGUGGCCAUCAAGUUGAUUCGGAAAGACAAAAUCAAGGAUGAGCAAGAUCUGAUUAAUAUUCGGCGGGAGAUUGAGAUCAUGUCAUCACUUAACCACCCCCACAUCAUUGCCAUCCAUGAAGUGUUUGAGAACAGCAGCAAGAUGGUGAUCGUCAUGGAGUACGCCAGCCGGGGCGACCUGUAUGACUACAUCAGCGAGCGGCCGCGGCUCAGCGAGCGUGACGCCCGCCACUUCUUCCGGCAGAUCGUCUCGGCCGUGCACUAUUGCCACCAGAAUGGGGUGGUGCACCGGGAUCUCAAGCUGGAGAACAUCCUCUUGGAUGCCAAUGGAAAUAUCAAGAUCGCUGACUUUGGCCUCUCCAAUCUCUACCACCAAGGGAAGUUCCUGCAGACAUUCUGUGGGAGCCCCCUCUAUGCCUCACCCGAGAUCAUCAACGGGAAGCCCUACACAGGCCCAGAGGUGGACAGCUGGUCCCUGGGCGUCCUCCUGUACAUCCUGGUGCACGGCACCAUGCCCUUUGAUGGGCAGGACCACAAGACGCUGGUGAGACAGAUCAGCAAUGGGGCCUACCGGGAGCCGCCUAAACCCUCUGAUGCCUGUGGCCUGAUCCGGUGGCUGUUAAUGGUGAACCCCACCCGCCGGGCCACCCUAGAGGAUGUGGUGAGCCACUGGUGGGUCAACUGGGGCUACGCCACGUGUGUAGGGGAGCAAGAGGCACUGCAGGAGGGAGGCCACCAGAGCGGCGACUCCAGCCGGAUCUCCAUGGCUGACUGGCUCCGGCGGUCCUCCCGCCCCCUCCUGGAGAACGGGGCCAAGGUCUGCAGCUUCUUCAGGCAGCAUGCGCCGGGAGGGGGGAGCGCGGUGCCCAGCCUGGAACGCGAGCAUUCCCUCAAGAAGUCCCGCAAAGAAAAUGACAUGGCCCAGUCUCUCCAGGCAGACAUGACUGAGGACACUGCCCCUCGUCCAGGCAAGGGCAACCUCAAGCUGCCAAAGGGCAUUCUCAAGAAGAAGGCAUCGGCCUCUUCGGAGAAGGCCGGGGAGGACCCUGAGCAAGGCUCAGACCCUGCAGGCCCGGGACAGGCCGCCCCCCUGCUCCCCAAGAAGGGCAUCCUCAAGAAGUCUCGGCAACGGGAGUCUGGCUACUACUCUUCUCCUGAACCCAGUGAGUCUGGGGAGCUCUUGGACGCAGGUGACGUGUUUGUGACUGGGGACUCCGUGGAACAGAAACCCCCCCCAGCUCCAGGGCUGCUCCAUCGCAAGGGCAUCCUGAAACACAAUGGCAAGUUCUCCCGCACAGCCCUGGAGCUGAACGCCCCCACCGUCUUCGGCUCCUUGGAUGGACUAGCCUCACCCCGCCCUCCAGCCCGGGCCAGCCGCCCCUCAGGGGCUGUGAGUGAGGACAGCAUCCUGUCCUCUGAGUCCUUUGACCAGCUGGACUUGCCCGAACGGUUCCCCGACCCCCUGCUGCGGGGCUGUGUGUCUGUGGACAACCUAAUGGGCUUUGAGGAGCCCCCCUCAGAGGGUCCUGGAAGCAGAGGCCUGAGACGCUGGCGACAGGACCCGGGAGGGGUUAGCUGCUUUUCCCUAGUGGACUGCCAGGAGGUGACAGAGGCCUACCGACAAGCCCUGGGGGUCUACUCGAAGCUCAGCUGAGCUGGGGAGGGUGGCCCCCACCCUGGGGCAGGCUCUAAGAUGCACCUGGCUGCACCUCAGGGGAGAUGUCUGCUUCCCUCCUCCUAGGGUCAGCAUCCCAGUGCAGAAAGCUGCAGAAAGCUGGGAUGGUUUGCGGUUGAGUCCUGAGGAGGGCUGGAUGUGGGAAGUGGCGAGUGAAGUGCAUUGAGGGUUCAGUGUCUUCAGUGGCUGGUUCCCUACGGAGCCAAGAAGACAGAGGGGAAAGGAGGAGAGAGGCUGCUGAAUGAAGGCCCCCACCGAGGCCAGGUUAAGCUCCAUAGAUCCUGUCCAGGGCCCUGCUGGUGUUGAUGAGUAAGUCUUGUGGGAGGUGCCAAGUGGCUUCCUGCCAGGGAGAGGCUAGAAGCUUUUCACGUAUACACCCCCACCCCCACUGACCACUAACACUGGAAUAGGGCACCCCUUCUGUGCCUGGGCACCCUGAGAGUGGUCUCCUAGGGUGUGCCCCUGCCUUAUUUAUCCUAGCAGUAAGAGAACACACCUCUGUUUCCUCAAAGGUUCUUCCCCCUUUCCCAUGCUCCAAACUGGGCACAAGCCUCC